AUGUUAUUGCGCAUGUGACAAGGAAAAGGGUGUGUCUUGUAGCUAGCUGCAAAAGGAUCUCAAUCUCAUGUUCUCUUACUUGUGUAUCUACUCCUAGCUGUGAUGAGAAUGAAGAUGCUGUAGUCUCUGGAAUAUUAUCAAUGUCCCUGGCAGAUGGUCUCCUCCUCAUGUCUUCUGCAAACAACUAUCGAUAAGCUUCCUCAACCUGUGUGUAUGUGUGUGAGAGAUCUGGGCAACAUGGAAUGAUAGAGAUCCUUGGCUGAUUUGAUGAUCCAAGAGGUGACACUGGACGGUACGAGACGAGAACACGGAACUGGACAAGGGGGUGUGCCAAUAGUCCCUCCCAGAGUUCAUAGUCCACCACACAAUGGAAGAGCUGUGUAUGCCUUGUUGACUGGUGCUCCCCCGAGACUCCGCCCCUUCCCCUGCCCAGCCCAUCCCUCGGAGCUAGGAGACCAGCUGGUGUACAACAAGCACUGGAGCAGAUGGAACUUGCUCGGUAUUGAACAUGCAGGAGAUGUCUUGUCAUUGAAAGAUAACCGUGCUUUGGUAUCGUCUACCACCCCUGCCUGCACAAGAUGCUCUCAGCUACUCUUGUCUGGUGUUUUCCGAGUUCGACAUGUUACAUUAAAAACAAACUAGCUUGAAGUCUUGUGUGUUGCAUGGUGACAGUUGUAUUAUAGUUGUGACAAAAAAAUUGUUUGUUGUCUUGAUAA